AAAGUCAAUCCAACAAAACAAACAUCUUCUUCGAAAUUCAUAUUUCAUUUUGAUCAAACUUUGUUAUAAUAACCGAAACCCACAAUAAUCUCGGCCGUCGGUGACCAGACCACUUUUUUUUAUUCAAAUUUUGUUACCAAAUUACCGCGUUUUUAGCCUCUUUUUUGCAUGAUCACCACCACCCACACAUAUCUGGUUUUAUUCAUAACUAAAAAGUGCUAAAAACCCUUGAUUCUUUUUUGUAUUUUGGUUUCAAAAUGGAAAGAUUUAAGCUGAUGUUUGCAAUGGUGUUGGCUGCUGUAUUACUGAUUGAUCACAGUUGGUGCAUCAAUACAGAAGGAUUGGCUUUGUUGAAGUUUAGAGAUGGGAUUGAGAGGGAUCCUUUUGGGGUUUUGUCUGGGUGGAGUAACGGCGGUGAUGCGGUGGAUUUGGACCAUUGUUCUUGGUUUGGGGUUGAGUGUUCUGAUGGGAAAGUGGUUGCUUUGAAUUUGAGAGAUCUAUGCCUUGGAGGAACACUUUCACCGGAGAUUGGGAAGCUGACAAAUAUGAAAUCCAUUACUUUACGCAAUAAUUAUUUUAACGGGACAAUUCCUCGAGAGAUUGGAGAUUUAAAGGAGCUAGAAGUGCUGGAUUUGGGAUACAAUAACUUUACUGGGACAUUUCCAUCUGAUCUUGUUAAUAACCUAUCGUUAUCAAUUCUUUUAUUGGACAAUAACAAGUUUCUUGAUACGCUUUCGCCUGAAGUAUACAAUCUUAAGACGGUUUCUGAGUUUCAAGUAGAUGAAAACCAACUCACAAGCUCUCAUAAAGAUGGUAGUUGUAAUGGCAGGUCCAGUUCUUGGAAUAUUAUUCAAACCCGAGACGCCACCGAAAGAAAGUUGUUACAAGUGUCACCAUCACCUUCACCUUCACCUUCACCGUCGCUAUUAGGUGUACCGAUCUCAUCGAUAUCAUUACCCCCGUCGCAAAUUUCCGCACCUUCGCUGCUACCCGUACGUCCACCACUGCCGGUUUUCCCGCCAGCAAGUCCACCAGUUAACUCUUUAGCACCAGAGACCGUACCCGCUUUAGCUCCAUCACCCGCUUUGGUUCGAAACUUUAACCAUAACCAUUCAAACCAUCACAAGGUUUUAAUAUGGUCUGGGAUCAUUGGGGGUUCUGCAUUUAUAUUUCUUACGGCUUUUGGUUUUCUUUUCUUUAAAAGAAAUAAAGUCGUUACCGUUAAGCCGUGGGCUACCGGCUUAAGCGGGCAGCUCCAGAAAGCAUUCACAACAGGUGUUCCAAGUCUCCAACGCCCGGAACUUGUAACUGCUUGUGAAGAUUUUAGUAAUAUAAUCGGUACAAUGUUAGAUGGUACUGUCUACAAAGGAACACUUUCUAGCGGAGUCGAAAUAGCUGUUACGUCGACUGCGAUAACAACGUCUAAAGAUUGGAACAAGAAACUAGAAACCCAGUUCAGAAAUAAGAUAGAAAUGUUGUCAAAGGUGAAUCACAAGAACUUUGUAAAUCUUAUUGGAUAUUGUGAAGAGCAAAAACCUUUCACUAGAAUGAUGGUUUUUGAGUAUGCUCCAAAUGGAACUCUCUUUGAGCACCUACAUAUCAAAGAAGCAGAACAUUUGGACUGGUCAACACGAUUACGCAUCGCUAUGGGAAUCGCAUACUGCUUGGAGUACCUACACCAACUCGACCCGCCGAUCCCUCACAAAAACCUAAAAUCGUCAUCGAUAUAUCUAACCGAAGAUUACGCAGCCAAAAUCUCCGAUUUCAGCUUCUGGGAUGCAACAAAAGCAGGACCCUCAAAAACCGAGCUUUUGGAGACCCCACCGUCAUCCCCACAAACCAACGUCUACAGUUUCGGUGUGAUCUUAUUUGAACUCAUCACAGGUAAGAUGAUUAACGAUUCUCUUGAAAACAUGGUAUCAGAACUUUUGAAAACCGAUCAGCCUGUAACAAGUUUGGUGGAUCCGAGUUUAAGUUCUUUCGAGAGCAGUAUGGUUUAUGGGCUUUUUGAAGUGGUGAAAAUGUGCGUUGUUUCUGACCCGAAUCAAAGGCCCGCGAUGAGAGAGGUUACGGGUCGGUUGAAGGAGAUUACUGACGUGGCACCGGAAAAUGCGAUACCGAGAUCUUCUCCGCUUUGGUGGGCUGAACUCGAGAUCUUAUCAUCUACUGAGUCGAGCUAAAAAGAUUCAAGUUAUUCAUAUGUAUCUAUAUCAACUUUUGGACCAUGUUUUGUGUACAUAUUCUUAAUAAGUAUUUGAUUUGUUCAUCUUUAAAUAAAUUUCUGUAACUUGAUAAUCA